GAUCGUCUCUUAUCUCUUUCUAAUGGCCUCACCACAAGCAACCAAACUGUCUCUUAUAAUCAGAUCUCAAAGGUUGGCUUGUUGGCAGCACUGAGACAUCAAACAUGGUUUCUCUCUUCCACUCUUAAAACCAAUUAACCCUAAAAAACCUUUUUCAGUAUUAAUCCUAAAGUUCCUCUUUCAUCUCUCACUCUUUCCCCAUUAACACACUUCACAAGCAAAAAGAUCUGAGCUCUUAAUGAGUUUAAGAUCUUCUGUUCCUCCUUCAAGAACUGGGUCUUACCUCCUCUACUUUCUCUUUAUCUGUUUUUAAUUUCAAUUAAACUCCAAAAAAAUGGAUAUGAGAAGCCAUGAAAUGAUGAUAGAGAGAAGAAGUGAUGACAAUGGCAACAAUGGAGCUGAUCACCACCACCACCACUCAAAGUCUUCCUCCAACAUCUCCGCAGCCUCCAAAGCCACCGUACGUUACCGGGAGUGUCUCAAGAACCACGCGGCGAGCGUCGGCGGAGCCGUACAAGACGGUUGCGGCGAGUUUAUGCCGAGCGGCGAAGAAGGCACUUUAGAAGCUCUCAGAUGCGCUGCUUGCGACUGCCACCGUAAUUUCCACCGGAAAGAAGUCGACGGUGUUGGAGCCUCUGCUCAUCACCACCACCACCGUCACCACCAGUACGGCGGAGGAGGGAGAAGACCGCCGCCGCCGAACAUGAUGCUUAACACACUCAUGCUUCCUCCGCCGCCGAACUAUGCUCAGAUGAGCCACCACAAGUACGGGAUGAGUUCUCCCGGUGGAGGAGGGAUGGUGACGCCGAUGAGCGUCGCUUACGGCGGAGGAGGAGGAGGAGGAGCUGAGUCGUCUAGUGAAGAUCUGAAUCUGUACGGACAGUCAAGCGGAGAGCAUGCGGGGCAAAUGGGGUUUUCCAAGAAACGGUUUAGGACAAAGUUCACGGCGGAGCAGAAGGAGAGGAUGAUGGAGUUUGCGGAGAAGCUAGGGUGGAGGAUGAACAAGCAAGACGAAGAAGAGCUCAAGAGGUUCUGUAAUGAGAAUGGAGUUAAGAGACAAGUGUUUAAAGUGUGGAUGCAUAAUAACAAGAACAAUGCCAAGAAACCAUCACCACCAACACCAACAACAACACCAGGAACUCUCUAAUGAUUAAGUACCUAAUUGAGAGAUUAUGUCAGAGUUUUUACUUUUAAUCUGUUGUUGUUAUUUUAAUGCUAUCUAGGUUUUUGUAGCUUGUACGAUCUUUGGAUCAAUCAAUGGAUGUUUUGAUUGCGUAGUUAAUGUUUUUUUUUUUUAAUUUGGUUUACUUUUUUAUUAUUUUCUGUGUGUUGGCUUUUACUCAGUUCGUACUUGUAAUCAG